AUGGAGCAAAACACACUUAAAAGAAGAGGUGUUGGCCUUACUGGUGUUGACAAGCAACGGUCAUUCGGAGGCUACACUCUCUUCUGCCCCCUGACUAGCGAUGUAGCCCAUUUGAUUGACAUUGACGGAAACGAAGUCCAUUCAUGGAAGCUACCUGGAAGAAUUGGUCGACAUGCUAGAAUACUGCCAAACGGAAACCUUGCAGUCAAUACAUUACGCCCCGCUCAAGGUAGCACGACUAAAGAUGGUGGUCCCUUUCCUUUCCCAUUCUUCAACAAGUAUGGCGGAGGGGUCAUGAGUGAGUUAGAUCCGACUGGGAAUUUAGUACGCCAGUUCCAAGACUCCUUUGGUCAUCAUGAUCAGUAUCAUUUUGGAGAUGGGAGGCUUCUUUAUACAAGUCUCGAGGCCUUAUCUCCAGAAGAGUCCGCAAAGGUUGUUGGAGGAGUGCGCGGCACUGAAAUCGAUGGAAUUACCUAUACAGACACGAUAAAAGAAGUCGAUGAAAAGGGUAAUCUUGUCUGGCAAUGGAGAGUCUCGCAGCGACUACCUCGGGAUGAGUUUCCUCUUCAACCACACUACACACGCGAGCACUACCCGCUCAUCAAUUCAGUCCUUCCCAUGCGAGAUGGCAAACAUAUUCUAGCAUCAAUGCGGUCAGUAUCCGCAGUGGUAAUCAUCGAGAAAUCCACGGGAAAUAUCGUGUGGAAACUCGGUCCAGAGGUGCUGGCUCAACAGCACAAUGCCACCGAGCUUGAGAAUGGCAAUAUUUUGGUUUUCGACAACGGAGCAUACCGCAACGGCGAGUCAAUUACUUAUAGUCGGGCCAUUGAAGUUGACCGUACGACUAAGGAAAUUGUAUGGGAAUAUCGCGAUCGAUCGCAGAUGCUGUACUUCUUCACUCCUUUCAUGGGCAGUGCUCAGAGGCUCGCCAAUGGUAACACCUUACUGUGCGAAAGUGGCUUCGGCCGGCUUUUUGAAGUCACUCAUGAUGGCUACAUUUGCUGGGAAUAUGUCAAUCCACAUUUUGCCUGUUACGUAGAUGAGGCAACUGCAAAAAUAUUUCCCGGCGAAUCAAACGCAUUAUUUAGGGCAUAUCGCUAUUCGCUGGAAGAAAUUCCUUGGCUGAAAGAAAAGUUAGGCAUAUAG